AUGCCCGUACUCAGGCGAUCGAAAAGAUGCCAUCCAGUCUCCGGUUCUAUUCCGUACAGUAAAGGCCGACGGAGCCCUAAACCAGCCCCAACCUAUAUGCAACGAUCACAGACCGACAUCGACACAGAUCCCAAUAUCAAUAUCACUCUUCUCCGUCUCCCACGAGAGAUGUUCGACGAGAUCGUCGCCUACCUCCCCUUGCCGGCGAAGGUAUGCCUCUCUUUAAGCUGCAAAGCCGCCGCGCACGUACUGCACCCUUGGACCACAACCUGGUUCCUCCUCCGCCGGAGCACCCAGAUAAACCAUAGAACAUUCGACAGGACUUUGUGUGACCUUUUGCAGCGAGAUCAUCCAGAGCUCCAGUUCUGCCCUCGCUGCGAGGUACUACACCCGCCACUCAAGCCACCGCACGCCCAUCGCAUCACGAAAUUCACCAAAUUAUGUCUUGGACAAACAGCGUCAAUGGAUUACUGGCCGCAAAUGCCAACAGGGGGAUACAGCAUUAUAUUUCCUCAUAUCGAACAAGCUUUUCAGAAACCUUCUGGAGUCCAAAGUACGCCAAUUGACAUGUUCGCCGGCGACUUCACAGCCCACCUUGAAUCGACAGACUACCGUCUCAUCUCCUCCGCCAGCUGGAUAGAGCGCGGUCUCGUCCUGAAGCAGGAAUACCGACUACGCAGCUCAACAGGGUUGUUGAAAGCCGUCGACGUGACGUCUCUCCCGUUUCGUAUCUGCGCGCAUCUCAGCACCACCACAUCCACGCCACCGGAGAGCAGACACACGAAGAGACAAGUCCCUAAUGGACCACUACUUACUCAUGCUAUAUCCACUGCAUUCCCUGAAAAUCUCCGCCUCGGCGUCGCAAGUCCAAAAACAUUCCGCCCUCCCUCUCCUGCCGAACAAGCCCAGAUAGCAGCCUCGGCGCAGAAAGGGCAUAUCUGGCGGUGCCGAAGCUGUCCAACAAAGUUCAGGGUCGAGUAUUCCGGUUCUAGUAACGAGUUACUUGUAACAGCGUGGCAUUUCUUCGGAAAGGAACUGUACAAGGCGCUGGAAUACUGGAAGAUGUUUGUGCGGCGCGAGGGCACGACGCUGGGUCCCAAGACGCGCAAUAGUGAGUUUUUUGUGCUGUCGAGGGGUAUUCCGGAUUUUGCCAUUGAAUAAUAGCACUGCGUACUGAAAUACUGGGGUCAGUUUGCGAGUAUUGUGCAUACAGACUGGUAAUUACUCGGUGCUUGUGAUGGGAUCUCAGGUUGGCAGGGUUCGUAGUAUAGGAG